AUUGUAGAACGGUGCAGUGCAUUAUGGGAUGUGCCAUGAAUCGCAAUGGCGGCGAAACAGACAAUCUCUCAACUUCUGUUCUUCAGUUCUGUACUUUCAGCAGUGUUGUUGCAAAUUAGUCUAACAUUUGCCGAACAAUUGACUUGGGAUGACAAUGGUUACCUCAUGUACUGUCCUUGCAUGGGUCGCUUUGGAAACCAAGCAGAUCACUUCUUGGGGUCCCUGGCGUUUGCCAAGAUGCUGAACCGGACGCUGGUGGUGCCCCCGUGGAUAGUGUACCGCCACCACGCACCCCCCUACACCAACGUGCAUGUGCCCUACAGUGAGUUCUUCCAGCUGGGGGCGCUGUGGGCCUUCCACCGCGUGGUGAGUCUGGAGGCCUUCAUGCAGCAGCUGGCCCCCGCUCACUGGCCCCCCGGGGACAGGGCCGCGUACUGCUUCGAGGCCGCCGCCCAGCGAAGCCCCGACAGGAAGUCCUGCCCCAUGAAGCUGUCUCUCCAGGACGGGAACCCCUUUGGGCCGUUCUGGGACCACGUGGGCGUGGAGUUCGACCGCUCAGUCCUGUUCAGCGGCUUGUCCUUCAGUGUCUACCACCAGCACCACUGGAUCAACAGGUUUCCUCCAGGGGAGCACCCAGUGCUGGCUCUGCCCGGGGCUCCGGCGCUGUUCCCGGUGCUGCAGGAGCAUGUGGGGCUGCAGCGCUACGUGGUGUGGUCAUCUCCGCUGGCCCAGCAGGGCCAGCAGCACAUCAGCGCCCUGCUGGACGCCCCCUACCUGGGCAUCCACCUCCGCAUCGGCUCCGACUGGCAAAGCGCCUGUAAGCUGCUCCAGAGCGGCGACACAGGGCCUCUGUUCAUGGCUUCUCCUCAGUGUGUGGGCUACGACCGCCACACCGCCCUGCCCCUCACCAUGGACAUGUGUUUGCCCGGCCUGCUGGAGAUCCGCCGUGCCCUCAAGCUCUGGGUGAAGAAGACCUCCGCCCGCUCCAUCUACAUUGCCACCGACUCUGAGUCCCACAGCCAAGAGAUCAACAUGCUGUUCAGGGGCAAGGUGAAGGUGGUGAGUCUCCAGCCAGACUCGGCCCAGGUGGACCUGUACAUCCUCAGCCAGGCGGACCACUUCAUCGGAAACUGUGUCUCAUCCUUCUCCGCCUUCGUGAAGCGAGACAGGGAUAUACACGGGCGGCCCUCCUCCUUCUUUGGGAUGGACGUUCCUGGGAAGAUCCAGGCCAGGGACGAGCUCUGAGCCUCCUCUGCCGUUUCUGGGAAUGUUCUAGAACACCUGCUCUGGGUCCCUGUUCUACAACACCUGAAUGACUCCCACCUGGCUGUUGUAGAACACCUGACUGACUGACUGUUCUAGAACACCUGACUAACUGUUCUAGAACACUUAACUGAGUGAAAAAUAAACAUUGAAGCUCAGGUGAAAUGUUAGAAUGGCAUUAAUCUUGAGGGAGGGAGGGGAGGGAGAGGAGGAGAGAGAAGAUGACCCAGACCAGAACAGGAGGGGGAGAGAGAGGAGGAGAGAGGGGAUGACCCAGACCAGAACUUUCUCCCAGGUACCAAUGGAGCUUCAUUUUGACACGACUGUUCACAACCUGCAGACUCCUUAUCGCACACAAGCAGCAUUUAAAUGGUUGAGUUGGGUAUUUGAAUGUAGAAGUAUUUGAAUUUAGUGAGUUAGGGACACUGUAAUUCUGUCUCCUGUAAUUACUGCUGUUAUAAUUUGCCUGUGUUUUUGAAUGUUUUGGUAGAAUGCCCGGUGUAUCUGUUCUCAACGGCGCCCCUGGUGAGAGCAGAAAUACCGUCACAUUACAGCUCAGCUGGGUAGAUGCACCGCUAUCUCUGAUCAAAUACUGCAGCCCUCUCUCUUACCUCCAUCCUCUCCUCCUCACCCUCUCCUCCCUCCUCACCUUCUCCUCUCCCCCCUCUCACCUCCCCCCUCUCUCCUCCUCUUCUGCUUUCAAUUAUGGUAAUACAUGGUGACAGAGUUGAAAAACUAUAAUAUGAAAGAU